AACCUCAGCAUCCGUCGGCGUGACUGCAUGCACAGUGCAUCAAAUGCAUGGUUUUGUGUGUCACGAUGGAGGAUGCAAGCGAUGACAGGACGUUUAAAGGAUUUGUGGAAAAACUCACCCUUGGUAUUACCCGGGUUUUAGAGAGCAUUCCGGGUGUGCAAGAUGUACGAUUUGCAGAGAAAGCACCAGCAGAGAAACGAUACCUUCUCUCCUGGGAGCAGAAAAACAACUGUAGUUUGCCUGAAGAUCUGAGAGAUUUCUAUCUCACAACCGAUGGGUUCACACUUACCUGGAACUCCAAGCUGGAAGAUAAAGUGGUCUCUGUGGGUUGCAUGGUAAUCAACAGUAUUGCUAAGCUACGUCCUCUGCUGCAGUCAAAUGUGUAUUCCCUCCCCAAUGCACCUACUUUAGCUGACCUUGACUUUGAUGAUGAUAUAGAAGAUCCACCUCAUUUUGAUUCUCGCAGUCGAAUUUUUGAGCUGGACCCAUGCAAUGGUAAUGGCAAAGCCUGCUUGGUUUACAAGGGCUGCACUCCAGGUGUAAUGGCCCAGCAGUGUGAGGUAUGGUUUUUGGACCGAUCACUUUUCUGGCAUUAUCUCACCCCCUCGUUCACUGCUUACUACCGGCUUAUGAUCACUCAUCUGGGGCUUCCUGAAUGGCAGUAUAAUUUCACACCAUAUGGCACUAGUCCACAAGCUAAGCAGUGGGCCGCCCUCUACCAACCGCUUACGUUCCACGUGGACGCCCAUCCAGAUGCAGCCAAUGAUUCUGUACUGAACAAACUGGACCCAGCCAAGGCGUUCAACGGCAAAACCAAACCGCCCACCCCCAAAAAGAAACAAGCACAGGUUUCAGCCACAACUAAAGGCCCGGCAGUCUCGGGAAGACACGGCGUGAAUAAACGAUGA